AUGCGCAAUGGAUGGGUCUCAGAUGCCCCAUUCACGCUCAACGGAACGAACAUAUCCGAAUGCACCAGCUACGUUUAUCUGGGUCGGGAACUGAACAUGAUGAACGACCUGACCCCAGAGCUGCGCAGGAGGAGACGAGCGGCUUGGGGAGUGUACAAGAGCAUCGAGGAUGUAGUGAAGAAGACCAGGAACAGGCUCCGUGCUCACCUCUUCAACACCACCGUACUUCCUGCUUUGACCCAUGCUUCGGAAACCUGGGGAUUUCGCAAGCAGGAAGAAAACGCGGUGAGCGUCACUGAACGCGCAAUUGAGAGAGUGAUGCUAGGAGUAUCCCGCUCCACACAAGUGAGUGAAGAGAUUCGAAGUUCUUUCCUACGUCAGCGAUCAAAGAUUAGAGACGCCGCAGCGUUCGCCAAGUAA